AAUGAUAAAUCAAUUUCUGGUAAAAGCUGCUAUCCAAUUACCAAAAAAAGACACAACUUUACCAUAUGGAACUCAUUGCAUUAAUAAUGGUGCAGAAAAAUUGCCGAUUUGUCUAGUUUCCUAUAAUAACUCUGAUGACAAAUUAGCCCAAUUUGAAAGAUAUGAGUAUUGUGACAUAUCCUUUUGUGCCUGUAAAGAAGAAGAAUUUCAAUGCGAAAAUAAGAAAUGUAUACCUAAGUUUUUAACCUGUAAUGGCGUUAACGAUUGCGAGUCAGGAUCGGACGAAUCAAAUAACUGUGAACGUCUUCAAAAUAUCGAAUGUAACUUUGAAAAAUCAUAUAUGUGCGGAUAUAUCACAUUAUAUGCUCUUUCUGCUACUCGGAUUGUUCUGCAAAGUGGUGGAUCACCCAACUCUCUGAAUCGUAUCGGCCCUCUAGCUGACCAUACUUUUAAAAGUGACUUUGGUCAUUAUGGCCUAUUCGAUUCAACUCUUUUGCCUAAAGGAAGCCGUUUAGUAAUUAAAAGUCCAAAACAUUUUGUCCAUGAUAGAGACAAUUGUUUGAGAAUAAUGGUAACGUUACCGUAUAGUGAAGAAAACAUAUUCUCUCCCUAUGGCAUAAGAGUAUUACUAAUUGAUGCAAAAGCUUCAGAUUCUUUUUAUUAUUCUCAAGUGGGAAAUUUUCACAAUAUAACUUAUAACAAAUGGACGGCCAUUGAUAUACCUAUCACUACUAUAAGAAAGGAUAUCGCCUUCCAAAUAGAAUUUACUUCUUAUAGAAUGAAUUUAUCAGAUAUAGAUAAGGUAUUUAAAUGUGAAAGACCUUUAAAGACAUGUAUUGAUAAAAAAUACAUGUGUGAUGGAAUUGCUCAUUGUAUAGAUGAAUCAGAUGAAUUUAAUGAAAUAUGUGAAACUCAAAAGAAUAUUUCCUGCACCUUUGGUGAUUCUAGUUCGUAUUUAUGCGGAUAUAGACAGAGAUCAUCAUAUAUGGGCUAUAGAUGGGAAAAAUCUGAUGAAAUAUUAAAAUUCAAUCCAUUCGAAAUAACCGGAAAUGGAAAACCAAAAACUGUUAAAGCUGCUCUUAUUUCUCCUCGUCAAAAUUUCUCUUCAGGAGAUUAUUGCGUUGAAUUUACAUAUGAGAGUAAUACUCUUCUUUCACUUUACAAGGAAACUGACUUAGAUACUAUGCUACUAUUUAAACUAAAUCAAGAGUAUGGAUUUUUCAAAAUGGACUCUGUUGAAUUUACAGUUGAUCAUACUCUUUCCCUUAACCUUGUUUUCCUAAUAGAAGCUGAUGAUAUUGAAAGAAAAAAGCCUCUCUCCAGUUUUAAAUCAAUCGACAUUUUCAACACCAAAUGUUCAAUUGUCUUCUAUAGGAAGUUCAGUAACAUCUUGUUACACAACCCUCUAAAUUGCACAUUUAUGAAUAUGAGUGAUUGCCAUUUUCAAGAUGUAUCUUCAGGCGUUAAUAAGUGGAAUCAUAUCUGUAAUAAAAUAUGCCACUUAGAAGGUUACCUUGACCACCAUAGAAAUUCAAUCAAAGUUGCUUUUAUACUAAAGAAAUAUGAUUCAUCUUGCAUAAAAAUCAAACUCUAUUCAAAAAUUUUGGAAAAAAUUUCUUUUAUUAAAGAGCCUAUAGGCGAAUUUGGCCUUGAAAUUAAUACUCUUAACCUUAAUACCUCAAGUAAUAAGACUAAGAAAUUUCUUGUUUUGAGGUAUUCGACAUCGUAUACUCUAUUCAUUCCAGCAAAUAACACUCAAAAUGGGCUUACUAUUGAAGCUUUUGUCAAUGGAUCAGUUGGCGAAGUUUUCAUUGAACACAUUGAACAGAUAGAAGGCAUUUGCGAAGCGGAAAAUCCACCUUCAGUCGUUUUUAGAGCUUACCCACCCCCUGCUACAUCAAUUGCACUCCCUUACUAUUUGAAUAAACUAAAAUAUAAUGUAAAUAGUACUAUGAGUUUAAAGCCAAGCUCUAAAAAAGAAAUGAGAGAAGACUUCCUGCAAACAAUAACUUUGGAAACAUUUAGUGAGACUUUUAAUCACAACAGAACUUCAUCUCUAUUACAUUGUUCUUGGAAGGGUAAACCAUGUCAAGAAAACAUGAUACAAACGCAUUUUUCGAAUAUAGGAGACUGCUUUACAUUUAAUUAUCAACAUAAUUUCAUGGUUUAUCAAGCUGGAACAGGACAUGGUUUAAAAUUAUUAGUUGACAUAGAAACGUACGAUUUUCUUCCAAAUAUUAAAACGCAAAUGGGUAUAAUUGUAUCAGCGAUUCCCCUUGAUGAUAUUCACUUAAUUCAAGAUAAAGGCUAUGCAAUUUUAACUGGAACAAAUUCACUUCUUAAAAUUAAGAUAGAUGAAAUACAAAGUCUUUCUGAACCUUACGGAAGUUGUACCGACAAACACUUACAGUACUACUUAAACUCUACAUAUACAUCAAAUAAGUGUGUGACACAAUGCCAUACACAAAUGAUAGAAGAAGCGUGCGAUUGUAAACCUUCAUAUGUUUCUGGUUCUAAACGAGAUUGUAAUUUACUAGAAUAUCUACUGUGCAUUUAUCCUCUUAUUGCUUUCAUCGAACAGAAAUAUCUAAAUAUGAUCGACAAGCCAAUCUUUUUAGUAAUUCAAAGUUGUUCUACAACUCUUGAAAGUUUAUUGUUCAUUAAAAGAGAACUUUUGAAAAAUUCAUAUGCUUUAACUGAAGAUUUUAACUUGAACACUCAGGAUAUUUAUAACAAUUUAUUACGAGUAAUCAAAGUUAUAUCUGGAUUCAGUACAGAUGUAAACGAAGAAAUAGUAAAUGCCACUGAAUUUGACUUUACGUUGUCCUACAUUAACGAUCAGAGAGUUAAGUUUUUUUCUAUCUACUAUGAUGUUGGAUUUGUUUUGAAUCGACGUUGUUAUGAUGAUUUAGUUCAUUUAUCGAGCAAUUUAACACGUUUUAUCAGAAUUAUUGAACAAUUGGACAAACAAAAUAGUACAGAAAAUAUUUCGUUACUUGAGAAUUCAAUUGACUUGGGUGUUUCAAAUCUAUAUAAAUUUCUUACAUGUCUUAAUGGUUUGAAAGAUGCCAUUGGACCUUUUGAAAAUGGUAAACGUCAAUAUAAAACUAAUCUUGAACAACUUGAAAACAGUUUGCGAUCCUCUCUCACCAUAAACGAUGAACUGGGUAAAACCAUUCAGAACUUGCGAUUAGAAAGUACAAAAUACAAUGAUAUGAAAGAAAAGUUUGAAAAUAAUGUAAUAACUAUAGCAGAAUUGGCUAAUUCUUUGACAUCCACUGAUUAUAAAUCAAUUAGAAAAAGGCUAAAUGAAUUCGAAAACGGUGUUACAAAAGUUCUUGUAGAGCCUUUCCUAACAGAAGUUGAUCGAUCCAUAGAAAGAGCAGUUGUCUUGUAUACUUUUUCAAUGACAGCUGUAAAUGAACUUUUAAUUAAUUUGGAUAUUAACCAUACGUCGUCAGAUGCUAUUAAUGUCUACAAAAACAUAAGAAGUUUUAAUAUAUGGCGCAAUCCAAAGUUAGAUACUAAACUAAGUUUGGAAGUUCAGUGGCAGGAUCCAGAUCCCUUCAUUUCAAGAAUUUGGCCGUCGUCACAGAGUUUAGAUGAAUUCUUAUCAGAAAAAGGAUCAGCUAUUAAGGAAAUUAAGAAUCUUAUACAGAAUUUCAUGAAAGAAGCCCUUCGAAAGGUGGUUGAUAUCGAAAAUGUAGUUGUGGAAAAUACACAAAAGAUUAGAGAUGUUUUAGAUGAAUUAGAUAACAUAUUGGCUGCCUAUACCCAAGCAUCACAAAUUGAUGAUGAUUUUAUUCGAAAAAAUAUUGUAGAAUUGGAAAUUUACUAUCCUUCUCUUCAACUUGAAUCAAUAAGUCAAAGAAAGGCUUACGAAAUUGAAGACUAUUUCGGUGAUGUUGGUUCAUAUAUGGGUUUGCUACUAGGAGCAAGUGUCAUAACUGCACUGGAAUUUGUAGACUUUUUACUCUCGGCUCUUUGUAGAAGAUCAUGCAAGAAGAUUACUUAA